UAAAAGAUAUUUGGUGAACAUACACAUGGAGAUCUUAUAUAGUUGAAGGUUUUAAUGUAAAUGUAAAGAAAAUCCACAUUUAUAUGUAAUACCCAGACAUGUUUGUCUUUUCCCCAAUUGCAGGUGAAAGUGAUGCUGCGAGUCUGUUCAGCGCCUGUAUCAGAUCCAUCCCAAUCAUACUCUUUCAAACUGGACCCCCAGAAGAGGCAGAUGACGGUGCUAAAUGUGCCUCAGAGACAGACUUCUGCUGCUUCACUUUCCUUCAAGACCUUCAGUUUUGAUGCUGUGUUUGGCCAAGAGUCAGCUCAGGCUGAGGUUUGUGAGAACAGCUUGUGUGAGGUGCUUCAGUGUGUGCUGGCAGGAGCGGAUGGUUGCAUACUUAGCUUUGGACAAAACAAUGUGGGUAAGUGAGUGAUAUUAAAACCUGUUUAAACCUAUAAAACUGACAGGAUUUCAAAAAUUAAAAAAAUAACUAAAUAUAUUUAUUUUUACAAAACCAAAGAAAUUCUUUAAAUUUGGGCUAUAUUUUUUGCAUUUCUGACUUUUUCCGCAAUGUUAACUUGUAAAUUAGUU